UCACGUUUUGACGUACUUCCUGUGUACUUGUUUGGAUUUGAAUUGAGUUGAUGUAAUAUUGUCAUCGAAACCGAACCUGCUUUUAGUAUUGAUGGAGUUUAAAUAUAACAUUCUUUUGGUAGCAAUAUGUGCAAUAUUGCAUCAAGCUGACUGCUUAGAGUGUUACAGUUGCAAUAACCUGUUAGAACCAAAAUGUGGCAAGACUUUUGAACUUUCCGGAGAAGAGGCUGCCAGUUACGUUGUGACGUGUCAAGGAGAGAAUGUUGCCUGUAAAAAGAUUGAGUCCACGGAUACACACAAAGAAAAGAUGCUUGUAACGCGCUCAUGUUGGAACACGACGGACGACCAGCUGAAGCCUGAUUUUUUUGAGUGCUCGGAAAUGGGAAAAAGCAUGGCGUGUUAUUGUAGGGGUACGAACAACGGGAAACCAUGCAACGGAGCACAGCCAGUACUGACUUACAUCUCUGUUAUGAUGACUCUACUUUCAACUAUUUUUUAUUUCAUAUUUUGAACACUCAUUUGUGUUUAACAAAAAUCCAAAUUGAACAUAAAAAAUAGAAAUAUAAAACACAAACUUACGAGACUGAUAGCAGGAACUGCAAGUUCUACAUAGAACUGAAUGAAUUUCAAUAUUUGUUGUUAUAUUUGCAAUAUGUUACAUAUUUUGACAUUAAUAACAGAUUUUGUACUCAAAAUAGCCUAAUUCUAUAUAUAUUUUUAAAUAUUUUACCACAAUAAACUGUGGUUUCGUUUUGAA